AUGGCACCUACACCAUCAUCAAAGCCCCAUUCAAUGAUGCAGACCCCUUCAUCAAAAUCAAAUCCAGCCCAUAAUCAAACCAGAACCCCACAAUCAAAGCAGCGUCUAAAUUUCAACGUUUCUAAGCCAUCUCCGAACCCCAAUUCAUCAGCAAUGGCAAAAGAGAGCAACAACCCACCAGCAGAGCAUCCAGUGGAAGUAAUAGGCCGAAUUCGUGACUACCCAGAUCAGAAAAAGAAUCCCGCUUCAUCCUCAGCCUUGCAGAUCAAUCCUGACAAACAAUCUUUAAGGGUCAAGACUGAAAUUGGGUACAGGGAUUUUAGUUUAGAUGGGGUUUCACUGUCUGAAGAAGAGGAUCUUGAUGCAUUUUACAAGAAAUUCGUUGAGUCACGGAUUAAUGGGGUGAAAUUAGGAGAUAAAUGCACUAUUAUGAUGUACGGGCCAACUGGUGCUGGUAAAAGUCACACCAUGUUUGGGUGUGGAAAGCAGCCAGGGAUUGUGUACAAAUCAUUGAAAGAUAUAUUAUGGGAAGGUGAAGAAGUGGGUGAAGAAAAUGGUGAGAAGUUGGGGCCUGCUACUUUUGUUCAAGUGACUGUAUUAGAGAUAUACAAUGAGGAGAUUUAUGAUUUGCUGUCUACUAAUAAUGGUGGAGGAUUCAAUCUUGGUUGGGCUAAAGGAGGAAGUGCUUCGAAGGUUUUUAAUGAGUGCCAGACCAUGGAGAAGUUGGAUUGUAAGUACUACAGUUACAGAAAAUGGCUAUUAAAUGUUUGUUUGGCGGAUAUUGAUAUGGUGAGGCUGGAAGUAAUGGGAAAGAAGGCUAAAAAUGCAAGCUUUAUUGCUGGUCAUGAAGCUACAAAGAUAUCAAGGGAGAUACAAAAGGUGGAAAAGCGUAGGAUUGUCAAAAGCACACUCUGUAAUGAGAGAAGUUCUCGGAGCCACUGCAUGAUAAUUCUUGAUGUCCCUACAGUUGGAGGACGGCUAAUGCUUGUAGACAUGGCAGGUUCUGAAAAUAUUGAACAAGCUGGUCAAAAUGGAUUGGAAGCUAAAUUGCAGACAGCAAAAAUUAACCAAGGGAACACAGCACUGAAGCGUGUGGUUGAGUCCAUUGCAAAUGGUGAUUCCCAUGUACCUUUCAGAGACAGCAAGUUAACAAUGCUUCUUCAGGAUUCUUUUGAGGAUGACAAGUCCAAAAUUCUGAUGAUACUCUGUGCCAGCCCUGAUCCUAAGGAGCUGCACAAAACCAUAUCCACUCUAGAAUAUGGUGCUAAAGCUAAGUGCAUAGUUCGUGGUCCUCAUACUCCAAUUAAGGAAAAAGGUGCGGAAGAUUCUUCAUCAGCCGUCAUUUUGGGGUCAAGGAUUGCAGCUAUGGACCAGUUUAUUUACAAGCUACAGAUGGAGAACAAGCUGAGAGAAAAAGAGCGUAAUGAUGCCCAAAAAGAACUUAUGAAGAAGGAAGAAGAAAUUGCUGCCCUCAGGGCUAAAGUUGCCCUUGCAGAAGGAAAAGGACAUGAUACAAUGGAGGAGGAGAUCAAUCUAAAGGCAAAUCAGCAGGUUCAGAAACUGAAAAGUGAAUUGGAGAAGAGGAUACAGGAAUGUGAGAAAAUGGCAGAUGAGUUAAUUGAAAUGGAAAGGAGGAAGAUGGAAAAUGUGGUACUUCAAUUUCAACAAGAGUCUGAAAUGCUUCGACAGCGUUUGAGAGAACUUGAAUCUGAGCUGUACAAAUCACGGGUUGGAGGUGGAUCCCUGGACAUGGAUGGAAACAACUUUGUUAGGAAGCUGUUGGAUACCUAUUCUGAAGAUUCAGGGAUGGUGAAAUCAAUGGAUUUGGACAAAUCAUAUGACUUGGAUGCUGGAAAGCAAGAAGUGCUGGUUUUUAAAGCAGGAAACGGUGAAACCAAAAGUUAUUUGGAUUUUGACAGUAGAAAGAACUCAAGAGAUGACAAAGAUUAUGAUGAUCUUCUCGUUCGGAGCUUUUCCAGCAAGGGAUGUUUGAGCACUGUAUUUGAGGAGGAUGAAGAAGAAGGUAGUGGGGAUGACAAAGAGAAGUUCUCAGAUGAAGAAGUUCAGAAAGAGGUAAUAGAGGAAAAGAAGGUCUGUUCGAGCACACUGGCAACCAAGGCUCCAUCUAUUCCUGAAGUUUCAUCUCAGAAUCAAGACAAAGUAGAGAACUUCAGAGAGACAUUAGUGGAUAAACUUUUGCAAGCAGAAUCACCCAGUGAACCUGAAAGUGCUCAAGAUACAGCCUCUUCCAGGCUAAUGAGGAUACAAAACAUAUUCACCCUUUGUGGGAAUCACAGAGAGCUCUCUCACCACAUCAGAACUCCUAUGCCUGCCCUAAAGAGGUCCGAGAAUAUUGACCCCAUGGCAUCACCAGUGAGGACAACUGAAGAGGGCUCGGAUGCAAAGUCAAUUAGUGAUGUUAAACUGCUUCAGAAAAGCCUCUCCAAGGAUCUUUUGGUGUCAGACAUCCCUGAAAAUUUUCAGACACCGAUGGGAAACAAGAAGAUGGCACCUAGUUCUUUUGAGAGUACCUUAGCCUCAAAGGAGAACUGCAAUCCUAUUGAUGAAAAAAUUGGAGACCUUGAUGUUUAUGUGAAAUGGGAGGCAUCAAUGGAGAACCCUGGGAAGUUCAUCACUACACUAAAGGUUGUCAAAGAUUCAACUCUUGCUGAUCUGCGGAAGUUGAUAGAAAUUCAUCUUGGCGGAGAUAAUCAAGCAUUUACUUUCCUUGUGCUCGGGCCAAAGCUAUCAAAAGCAACUGGUGCAGCCCAUGUUGCUGUCCAUUCUCCACCUGUAUGGCUGUAUCCCAAAACUCCUGCUUUGUUCCUGAGCUUAUACGAAUGGCAACAAAUGUUUGUCCUUGUGGGUGCACAGCACAGUAAAGCUAUACAACAUCUCAAAGAAAACCUAACAGAGAGUCAGUUGGCAUGCUGGAGCUAG